UACGGCUCGGGUACGGCAUGGUUGAGCAACGCAGAGGCGACUUCGACCCAGCUUUGUCUUCAACUUCGACUUCGACCCUCAUCUUUGACUUCGACCCAGAGAUUACCCUCGUCUUCGACUUUGACCCUCGUCUUCGACUUCGACCCAGAGAUCACCCUCGUCUUCGACUUCGACCCACGGCAUCGGAGAUCAGCGAGCAUGUAUCAUCUAUUUUCGUCCCCUGCAGAUCAGCCAUACCAAGCAACUGUUGAGCAACGCAGAGGCGACUUCAACCCAGCUUUGUCUUCAACUUCGACUUCGACCCUCAUCUUUGACUUUGACCCAGAGAUUACCCUCGUCUUCGACUUCGACCCAGAGAUCACCCUCGUCUUCGACUUCGACCCACGGCAUCGGAGAUCAGCGAGCAUGUAUCAUCUAUUUUCGUCCCCUGCAGAUCAGCCAUACCAAGCAACUGGUCAGAAUCUCUCCAUCUUUAUUUUUUUUCUUGUUUCUUCUUUCUUCUUCAGAGAGUUAUAAUCUGCUGUUGUCAUGUUGAUGUAGUUUAGGUUCAUAAAUAUUAGAAAUAUUUAGGUUCAUAAAAAUUAGAUCAGAAUGUUAAUCAAGCAGGUUAGGUUCAUAAAUAUUAGAUCAGAAUUAGAUCAGAAUGUUAAUAAAAAUUAGAUCAAAAAAUUAGAAAUAUUUAGGUUCAUAAAAAUUAGAAAAAUUAGAUCAGCAGUUUAAGUUCAUAAAUUAGAUAAAAAAAUUAAAAAAAUUAAAAAUUAGAUCAGAACGUUAAUAAUCAUAAAUAUUAUUUUUAUGAUAUUGGUGUUGGUUGUUUUUCCUUUACUUGGAUUAUGGAUUGAAUUGGUGUUGGUUAUGUUAAAUUGAAAUAUAUUAAUAUUUGUCUUUUAGUUUUAUGGUUCUCUUUUUAGUUUUGAUAUUUAAUUUCAAUUUGUAGAUUGGAUCUUUUAACCAUAAUUAUAAAAAAUAAAAAUAAAAAAAAAAUAUCGGCGUACCGCAGCCGUACCCGUACCCUACUAUUUUGGGAUUUUGCCGUAUCGGCGUACCCGUACUCGUACCCGUACCGUACUCGUACCCGCACCCGUGCU